CCUCUCCACCACUUCUCCCUUUUUCUCCCCUCGUCUUUCCCUUUCUCUCUCCUCUCCCUCUCUUCUGGUGCUGUCUGCUUGGCUGUGCACGUAUCAGACAGAGGACGGUGGGCUCUCUUCACACACACACGCGUGCACACACGUGGUGCUUCCUCAUCCUCUCAGCUCUCUCUCUCUUUCUCUCCUUGCUCUUGCUCCCUCUCUCUUCCUUUCUCUCUCUUAGUCUUUCUUGCUCUCUCCCAGUCUCUUUCCACCUGCCACCUCUUCCUCUUCCUUCACUGUCUUCUUUUUUUCACUCUCACAAUGCUGCCAGCACAGGAGUAAAAAGCCAGCUGGAGUGAUCAGCUCUCCUUUACCUGUCCUUUUCCCCUCUUCUUUUUCAUCACUGGCGAAGACCCGGGCGAGGGGCAGUGCAGAUGUUCAUUUCUGCUGCAGCAGUGCUUGGGGCCACCCUGGGGACGGUGUCCGGAGCUCUCACGCUUUGUGGCCUCUCGAUGCUCUGCAGGAACUGCAAGAAAGGGAAACUGGAGAGAGGAGACAGUGCAGAUCCUGAGAAAGCUAAAGCCAGCAUCCUGCACACACUUACACAGUUCAGUGUGCAGAAAUCCACAGAGCCAAUCCAGCCUCAAACGCUGCUAAAAUUUCCUAAAAUCUACAAGCCUAAACCAUCAGUCACAUCACCAGAGGUCAUUAAUUACAGUGAACAUGUGGUCAUCACUGAGAAAGAUGUGGACAAACCAGAAUGCUGUAAUAAAGAGACAGAGGGAGACAAGGAGGUCUUCGCUGUUCCUCGACAAGAUUCUGCAGAUGAGACGCCCUGUGCUGUUGAGCAGUCUAGCACCAUGACAAGCAGCAGUUCUGUCCUGCAUCCAAAACUGCACUUUUCUCUCCGUCUGAACAGUCAGAACAGAGAACUACACAUCACAAUUAUAGAGGCGGAGAACAUCACUGUGGAGACCGGCUGUGAAGGGUAUGUGUCGGGUUGCGUGAGUGCUUCCAAAGAGCAAAAGCAUUCUCAGACAGUAGUGCGCAAACUAUCAGCACGAGUCCAAUGGAACGAGUCCCUGGUGUUCGCUCUGCCCAGCGGCUGUAGUACAAAUGGCACGGAGGACAUGGAGGGAGAGGUGGCACUGACCUUACACAGCUGUGACCGCUUCUCCCACAACUCAACUCUGGGCACUGUGAGAUUCAAACUGGCUGACUUGGGCAUGAUGUCAGAUGCUGACUGCUGGGUCGACUUGCAGCCACCCAAACAGCUGGAGGUAACGUCAUCAGCGGGGGAGCUGCUGCUGUCACUGAGCUACCUACCGGCAGCUAACAGGCUGGGGGUGGUGGUGAUGAAAGCACGAGGACUGCAGUCUGAUAAACUCAAAGAAAAUAUAGAUCUUUCAGUGAAGCUGACGCUGAAGCACCAGAGCACGAAGCUGAAGAAGAAGCAGACCCGACGCGUCAAGCACAAGAUCAACCCGGUGUGGAAUGAGAUGAUGAUGCUAGAGCUCCCCAGGGAGCUGCUGACCAAGUCCAGCCUAGACCUAGAGGUGCUGAACCAGGCUAGCCCUGGCACAUUGCUCCCUCUUGGCCGCUGCCUGCUGGGGCUCCAUGCUUCUGGCACUGGCCUACAACACUGGCAACAGAUGCUGGAUAACCCACGCAAGCAGAUCGCCAUGUGGCAUCCACUUUACACUUGAGAUGAUACACACUUAAAACACUAAUAUAACUAAUGUAUGCUAACUCUACAUGAUGGAUAGUUAAUGUUUGGACAGAUUUUACAACACUGCUCUAUUCCUAUCUAAUAACUUGUGCCAUUAGAGGGUAAUUAGAGAUGACUGAUUUUAGAGAGUCAGUCAUCAAGCUACCUAUUUACUGUCUUUGCAUGGUGAAAGACCACCCUGAUGAGAAGUGGUUAUGGUACAGAUUAUUACAUAGUAUUUAGAGCACUUUGGUAUAAAGUAGUACCAUAUUUAGCUUCGAUGUUGUGAAUGUGUUAAAGGAACUGUGUUUCACUAUGAAUGGAAUGAUUCAUGCUCAAUUCUCAUCCACUGACAAGACAGAGAGAUGUGAUUGGAUUGCUUUGGAUCUAGGACAUUUGAGAGAUUCCAGCUUCAGCAUCUUCAAGUUGGCUUGUGUUCGGAAUAUUUCACAUCAAUAAGUUUUCUGUCCAAACAUUUAGUUUGUGGAAAUCCACAGGUUACAAAUAUAACAGAUAAACAGUAUGUAUAAAAAACUGCAUUACUCCUUUAAGAUCUAUAAUGUGUAGCUGAUUACUGAACAGCUUAGGUAGUUGAAUAUAUAAGAUGGUACAGAAGAUCAGAAGAGUCCAAAUCUGACAUCUCACUGAAAAUACAGGUACACACAAUAUAGGUAUGCUAGUAUUGUUUAGUAGCCCACAGCAAGCGAUCAUAUCUAUACGAUAAAUACCCAAACUAGACCUCAUCUGUAAUCUGAUUAUACACUAUAUGAUUACAAAUCGUCACCAAACACAAAACUGUGAUUAAAAACCAGCGUUAUUUCACUAAAUAUUGAUUUCUGAACUCUUAAAACUUUAUGAAUGUGAACUUGUUUUCUUUGCAUUAUUUAAGGUCUGAAAGCUCUGCAUCUUUUGUUAUUUCAGCCAUUUCUCAUUUUCUGCAAAUAAAUGUGUCAAUAUUUUUAUUUGGAAUUUGGAAGAAAUGUUGUCUGUAGUUUUUAGAAUAAAACAACAAUGUCUAUUUUAUUCAAACAUAUACCUAUAAAUAACAAAAUCAGAAAAAAAAACUGAUUCAGAAACUGAAGUGGUCUCUUAAUUUUUUCCAGAGCUGUAUAUACGUAUCAGAAACAAAGUCAGAAAUGUCGGAAAAUCUACCAUCCCUGAUUAUGAGUAACUGCCAUAAUGCAGGUAGACUCAUCAAGUAAAUAGCAUGUCCAGCAGAUGAGCCAAUAAAAAAAGCCUGCCACGGUUUCUGAAAAUAGCUUUCCUCCCUCCCUGGAGGCUAAAAAGCUUUUAUGGAGCUCAUCCAAAAGAGCUCAGGACACGUCUGUCCUCCAGCUCCCCCGAUACACUCUAAUUAUUACUGAACAGCUCAGAGACCAAAGGGACCAGAACUAAAGCAUGGCAAAAAAAGUGGAUUUUUAAAGAUUAUAGGUGAUAUUUUGGAUUAAAUCUCAUUUUGAAAUCACACCCUUUCAAAAUUAAGCUUUUUUAGGCCUUUAUGUUUCAAAUAUGAUUGAUUUAUAUUUCCGUCUAAAGUAUUUAAGCUGACAAAAGGAACAUUAUUUUAUAUAAAUAUCAGUGGUAUCUUUAAAUAUGCUGCUUAAAGGUACUAAAACAUACUGUACAUUGUAUAAGCCAGGGAUAAUUAUUAGUAAUAAUAAUAAUAAAAAUAAUAGAAGUAAGAUACCCUCACAUCAGUAAUGCCUGACUUAUAUAACACUGUGUUCUUGAGCUUGAGUCUUUCUAAAUUCUUACUUUCAUAUAUUAAUUUAAUACAUUCUUUAAUUACACCACAGACAGGUAUGCCUACAAACAUGCAUUAAGUGAUUCUUCAUACUAAUCUUUAAUCUAAACACUCCAUAUAAAUCUUAUUAUGUAUUUAUUUACAUAUUUAAACACAUGUACAUUUGACCCUUAUUUAUUUUGUUUUAACAAAGAAAAACAACCAUGUCUUUUUUUGUUAUUUUUGCAAUGAUGUGUCAGUUACAUUACAUGAUUUUCUGUGUUGAACAGCCAGCACAGUCUCCCCACACUGAGCUAUUACACUGCACCCAACUGCUAUAAUUCAUUUAAUUACGAUCAAUUAAAUUGUUCCGAAAGCUUACUUAAUAUCCAUAAUCACUGAUGUUACUUCUGUGUAUUCGUCAUUAACUUAAAAGCAAGUUCUACUAAAGGCAUAUUAUGUUAGUUUUCUUUCUCUUUCUUUCUGUCUUAUUCUGUUCUUCUUUCUGUCUUUGGAUUGGUUGAAAUUUAUGUUGUGGCAGUGUUACACGCCUUACUGGUGCAUAUAAAUGUGGGUUAAUUCUGUGAUGAAUGAUUCAUGUCCUGCUGUGUUCCCCAACUAUUUCAUAAUGUAAUCAGAAUAAACAUAAUCAUUAAUCACAGAUUAAUUACUGAAAUUAUUAUGGAAUCAGAUAGUGUUUAUUUAACUUGCAAUAAUGACAGAGUAGUUUUGCACUUUGGUUCUCAGAUAACUCUAAAAAAAACAACUAUAUUAAACUAUAUUUAAAAAAUAUUUUGAUAUCGGAAUAUUUAACUAUUCCUAAAUAUUUGAUCAGGGUAGCUGAAAUUACAGUAGACAUGCAGCAAUAAAAGUGUGGGCCUGUAGGGUUCUAAAAAAGAUUUGGGUAAAAAUGCAUGACAAGAUCAGCCCAUUGAGUUGUGCUAUGAUGCAUGCCUGAACUGAAGCUUUUCAAAUGGUUAAAUACAUUAAAAAUAUAUAUACGACAUAUAUUCCAUUUUACCCUCACACAGUUACACCGAAUGCUAUACAGUACAGCACUUAAUUUCAGCAAGAGCAAGAGGUUCAGAUUUCAGCUAUUUUCAAGGUGCGUUCUUUUGUGGAACAAAUGUAGUCCAUUGUUGAUGUGAAAUAAAUGUUCUUUUGUAACAAAUAUGUUUUUUAUGUGUGGUGUAUGUUUCUACUGGAAGGGUUUUUGUCAAAAUAUUUGAUCAGAAGAACAAAAAAUAGUGUAUAUGGAUAAAAGUGACAGUGUAUCACAGCCCAUCUGUGCAAACAGCAUAUAUGCCCCCACCCCUCUUACCCUGAUAGCUGAUUCAGUUUUAAAUUAAUGAUCACUCCAGUCCAGUGUUACAUAACAGGCUGGGUAUAACGUGUCUUUUCAGGCAUAACAGACUGCAGUUGAGAAUAAUUCUGUAAGGAAUAAUUCAGCGUUUACACCAGGCUAAAGCAAGAGAUCUACCAAACAGUGAAUGCUAACAUUUAGAAGCUCCUGAUGACCUUUAUAUUCAAAGUGUAUUUAAAUCAGGUUGGGAAACACAAGUCUAGGAGUUUUUUAAUUGCCCAGAGACUCCAAAAUGCUAGUUUAAUUGAAAUGAUUAUAAAUGCUAGCUAAUUUCAAAUAAUGGGUGUAGGAGAACGUAGUCAAAAACAAAAGAUGUUACACAAAAAAGGGUGAUGCUAACAAGUGAAGCUAGAUGUUUUCAAACGAGAAGAACCAAAUGUGGUUCCUGAUAAACAUUUCAGUAGAUGAAAGAAAUAAACAAGGUUGACAACUGGUUUAACACAAAAUUUUAGAUCCUGAUGUAAACAACCUUAUUUAUGGCUACUACAGUUACUCCUGUGAGGGUUACAAAUCUGAUAAAAUAUGUACAUGCACCAAACUCUCUUUAUCCAACUGAUAAAAUGUAUGGUUAAUGGUCACAGGAGGUUAUUUUGAUACUUGGUUUUGCUGCAACUGUUGGGUUCUUGCUCCAGAGGUGAUGUAACAUGGCUCACCCUGCACUCUUAGCCUGGUUGACUAAGGUGGGAAAUGUGAAAACAGUAUUCUGUUGUUCUGUAUACGUGUAAUAACAAUAAAGGUACUUUGAUCAGUUUUAAUGUAA